GCCCGGCAGAAGUCCGGGCGCGCAACUUCGCAGAACCUCUCCGCCCGUCCCUCCUCGCCUCAGUCUCCUCUGUCCUCUCUCAGGCGAGAGGACCGGCGGAGGCACCUCUCUGAGUCUUAGACUGCAGAGCCUAAGACUCAGCGAGAGGAGCCCGGGAAGAGACAGACCUUUCCCCACUUUUGCUCAGAGAGGCAAGCAAGGCGCGGAGCUUUAGAAAGUUCCUAAGUGGUCAAGAAGGUAGGUCUUCCCUGUUUCUCUUCACAAGGAGGUGAGGCUGGACCUCCAGGCCAGCUUCUCACAUCGUAGGGUGUACCUUUCCCGGCUUCAGCAGCCGAUGCACUUUGGAGCCGCUCUCUGCAGAGCCAGAGGGCAGGUCUGCUUCUCGGUGUGCGCCUAAGAGGAUGGAUCGCAGGUCCCGGGCUCAGCAGUGGCGCCGAGCUCGCCAAAAUUACAACGACCUGUGCCCGCCCAUAGGCCGCCGGGCAGCCACCGCGCUCCUCUGGCUCUCCUGCUCCAUCGCGCUCCUCCGCGCCCUUGCCACCUCCAACGCCCGUGCCCAGCAGCGCGCAGCUGCCCAACAGCGCCGGAGCUUCCUUAACGCCCACCACCGCUCCGGCGCCCAGGUAUUCCCUGAGUCCCCCGAAUCGGAAUCUGACCACGAGCACGAGGAGGCAGACCUUGAGCUGUCCCUUCCCGAGUGCCUAGAGUACGAGGAAGAGUUCGACUACGAGACCGAGAGCGAGACCGAAUCCGAAAUCGAGUCUGAGACCGACUUCGAGACCGAGCCUGAGACCGCCCCUGCCACUGAGCCUGAGACUGAGCCGGAAGACGAGCGCGGCCCCGUGGUGCCCAAGCGCUCCACCUUCGGCCAGUCCCUCGUGGAGAGCCAGUCUCUCACCCAGCGCCUGCACGCCCUCAAGUUGCGAAGCCCCGACGCCUCCCCGAGUCGCGCGCCGCCCAGCACUCAGGAGCCCCAGAGCCCCAGGGAGGAGCAGGAGCUCAAGCCCGAGGACAAGGAUCCGAGGGACCCCGAAGAGUCUGAGGAGCCCAAGGAGAAGAAGCAGCGGCGUCGCUGCAAGCCGAAGAAGAAGCCCACCCGCCGUGAGGCGUCCCCGGAGUCCCCUUCCAAAAAGGGACCCAUCCCCAUCCGGCGUCACUAAUGGAGGACGCCGUCCAGAUUCUCCUUGUUUUCAUGGAU